ACCUCUUCGCAAACUCAACACAAACUUUCUACUGUUCAAAUAAAAACUUUCUGACAUACAAACUAUGUGGAGCACCACUUCUUGCUUGAGAAUCCUCUUCUUGUUAUUGCUUCAGGCUUCGGUGGACGUAGAUGGGAUGUCUUCGGAGGUUUUGUUUAAGGAAGGGGAGAAGAACAACUUUUCAAUGGGGUUCCACCACUACCGGAUGGGCCUUCGGGGCUACGGUGCCGGACAUCCUGUACACGGCUGCAAGUGCCAGAAGGAUCCAGUCCUACCUGAGGAAAUUGUUUGCGCUUGCAGAGGACCGGGGGUCAAGGAUUUUAAAGCCAAUCUUACGAGAGGGGUGACUCGACUGUCUCUGGAAUCUGUCUCUAUGUCAGUACUUAGGUCUGGAACUCUGCAGAUUUUUAGAGGCUCACUCAAGGAUUUGGUACUUGAUCGUGUAAAAGAACUGACUGAAAUUGAAGAUGGAGCCUUUUAUGGGCUGCAUAUGCUGAGAACAAUCUCUAUAAAGCAAGCACCAAAACUGAAAACUAUACAAGAUGCUGUUUUCAACUGCCAUCUUCCAAAUCUGAAAAUAAUAAGAAUCAUUCAAUCCGGAUUAGAAGCUGUUCCAAGCCUUGAACAUGUUGAAACCAAAAGUAUCAUUUAUAUGGUCGACUUAGAUAGUAACAAGAUUAACAACCUACCGACUGGUUCAGUAAAAAUGAAAACUGAAAUGCUGAAUCUGGACUUUAAUUUAAUAGGAAGGAUUGAAAGUCAUGCUUUCGAUGGAUCCGAAAUAGCGAAGUUAAGUCUAAAAGGUAAUUCGCAACUGAAUUCAAUUCACGAAGAUGCGUUUUCUGGUCUGAAGAAUGUCAGAACACU